GAAUGUUUCAAGCAGUGUUAACUUUACCAGUUAUAUUCUUCGGUCAUGGAUCCCCAAUGAAUGGUAUAGAAAUCAAUGCAUUCACUCUUAAGUGGAAAGAACUUGCAAGGACUAUACCAAAACCUAAUUCAAUUCUAGCUAUAUCAGCUCAUUGGGAGACUGAUGGAGUAAAAUUAACAGGGAAUAAAAAACAAAAAACUAUCCAUGACUUUGGAGGAUUUCCUAAAAAAUUGUAUUAAUAAUAGUAUAAUCCUCCUGGAAAUUUGAAAUUGUGUGAAAGAAUCCAAUAAUUGAUUCCUGAAGCUAAAAUUGACAACUCUUGGGGAUUAGAUCAUGGAUCCUGGACAAUACUACAGUAAAUGUACCCUGAUUAAGAUAUUCCUGUUAUAUAGUUGAGUUUAAGCACAAGAUUUUCAGAACAAGAUCAUUAUAAUCUUGGAAAGAAAUUAGCCCCAUUAAGAAAAGAAGGUGUAUUGAUAAUUGGAAGUGGAAAUAUAAUUCAUAGUUUCAAAGAAAUGGAAUGGACAGAUACAGCAAAGCCUAGACCUUGGGCUACCUAAUUCAAUGAGUAAGUUAAAGACAUGAUCAAUAAAAAAGAACAUGAUAAAUUAAUAAACUACAAAAAAUUAGAAUAUGGAGUGAGAGCAAGUCCAACACCAGAACAUUAUCUACCUUUACUCUAUAUUUUAGGUCUCUAAGAAAGUGCUGAUAAAGUUACUUUCUUCAAUGAUGAAGUUGUAAUGGCUUCAUUUUCAAUGACCAGUUUCAUAUUGAAUUCCUGAGUUU